GCUGCCUCGUUGAUCCCUGAGUGGCGGCGUCUUCGUCUACCUCUCUGCACUAUGUCCGGCGGCCUUCUGAAGGCGCUGCGCAGCGACUCCUACGUGGAGCUGAGCCAGUACCGGGACCAGCACUUCCGGGGUGACAAUGAAGAACAGGAAAAAUUACUGAAGAAGAGCUGUACGUUGUAUGUUGGAAAUCUUUCCUUUUACACAACUGAAGAACAAAUCUAUGAACUUUUCAGUAAAAGUGGCGACAUAAAGAAAAUCAUUAUGGGCCUGGAUAAGAUGAAGAAGACAGCAUGUGGGUUCUGCUUUGUGGAAUACUAUUCAAGAGCAGAUGCAGAAAAUGCCAUGAGGUACAUAAAUGGAACUCGUCUGGAUGACCGGAUCAUUCGCACAGACUGGGACGCAGGCUUUAAGGAGGGCAGGCAGUAUGGCCGUGGGCGAUCUGGGGGCCAGGUACGAGAUGAGUAUCGUCAGGACUAUGACGCUGGGAGAGGAGGCUAUGGAAAACUGGCCCAAAACCAGUGAGUGGUGAGAGCCCCAUCGUGAAAACUCAGUCCUUUGGCCUGUUCAAUUUGCCAUGCAUUACCCAAGGUCUACAAACCUGUCCACUUGUACCAUGCUUUGAUCAAGGUCUCUUCUGAGCUGGAAGCCUUUUCCUGGUUUUCCUCUGAAAACUAUUAAAGGACAGAAUCCAAAAGAAUGCCUUUAAAUCUAUAGUCUUACAAUCUUGGCCAUGUGUCAGAUUACCAGGUCAGAAUUUGUGUUCCAUGGCAACAGAUUCGAUCUAUGAUGUUGAUCUGUCAGCCCCAAACACCACACUUCUUUUAGGAAGAUGGAAAAAUUUUUAAAUGGAUAGUACGAUCACAGUCUACACUGGGGCCUGGAAUUAUUAAAAAUUAGGUUUGCAGGAGAUAAAAUGUAAUAAAUGGGGCUUUGCUAUGUUGUACAGCUUUGUUCUGUUUAGAAGUCUGACAACUACAUUUGUUUCUGGGUUGAGUUCUAAUCUCUAAAGGCAAAUUUAGGAGUCAGGGCAACUUCCUAAAUUGUUGGAGCAAAAGUAAGCCUUAGACUGUAAGCCAGGGGAUACCACCAGCUUAUAUGCUAUAUGUAUUAAGACUUGAGUAUUUAUUAUUUUAUACAUUUUUCAAAAGAUGUGUUUUACUUAGAGCUACAGAAGGGUUUAUGCAUCAGACUGAUUUGUUUUCAGAAUGAUGUUAGGAAUGGACUGGGUUUAAAAAGGGCUUGAAGAUCAAGAGAACAUAUAACAAGAACAAUCAGAAUUACUUCCCUCAGGAAAUGUGUUUUGGCUAAUUCUCAUACUGAAGUCUGUCUUGUUUUUUCCUUAAUUGUGCUUACGGAGUGUCAGAGCCUGGACAGGGAGCUGAUGGUUUCUUUAGAGAAGGGAGUCUACAAAAUUUAUUUUGUAUUCAUAAGGCAUAAGUUGAUUUCUCUAAUGUAACUGUUAGUCUAAUAUAAUUUUCCCUGACAUAUAAGUGAAAUUUUCUCAUCUAUCAACAAAGUAUCUCCUGACUUCUAAGGUUUGUGAGAGUUGGAGAUGAAGUACCUUAAUAGGAACAUCUUUCACAUUAAAGUAUAGGUUCUCUCGUUAAGUUCAAGUUGAUUACUUGGAUUAAGAGCUAUGACUAGCUGUAAGUGCAUAAUUUGCAGAUGUUUAAUGAAGACAUAACACUCUUCAUUUGAAAUAUUUCUUUUACGCUGUACUUUGAAUUAACGUAUUUUAUAAUGUUGUAGUAAAAUGUAACUCAGAUUUCCACA